CAGCAACAACGGCUCUCGGGGCAGAGAUAUGGUGGGCGGUAGCUAGGGCCUCUCCACUGCAUUCCGCUUUUCCCAGAACUUCUCCGCCAUAAAAAGCGUGCGAGACGUGCGGCUCCCGAGUCCUGGUGAGCUCAGCGAGUGACUGGACCGGGAGGCGCCGACACCAGAUGGAAAAUACUGAAGAUGGAACCGUCGUGGAAGCGGGGCUGAGUCCUCAAGCUCUGGACACUCUUCGGUCGCUUGACAGUCUGUCAUAUGGACUGCUAGAUCUACAUCAGCCCAGCAGUGGAGGAAUUGGGGGCGUGGCAGGUAGAGAGAGGCCCCCAGUUACAAGACAUCUCAUACAACAGGGCGUCUCUCACCUAAGAGGCAGUGUGUCCAAGUUCUCCCACUCUCCCCACACUCAAGCUCAGAUUGUCUCCCUCAUCGCCCACCUCCAUCUUCUCCUUGAUGAGUUCACUCACGCCUACUCAGCGUACAGCCAGUAUUGUCGACUCUCUCCCGCCAGCGAAUCCGACCCCGCCCUCUUUUAUGGUCUUGGCAUCAUCCACCGUCGCCACGGGCAACACAAACAUUCUGAGGAGUCCUACAGGAAGGUACUAUCUCUAGCUCCAUCCUUCCCUCGCUCGGGUGAGGUACACCUGCAACUGGGACUCCUGCUGAAGAGAAAGAAGUCUUACUGCGAGGCGGUCGCUCACCUGGAGAGGGCCCUCAGCAAACCUGAUCCUCAACAAGACAAGUUGUUGAUCCAGUUCCACUUGGCCAAUGUAUGGGAACUGCAGGGCCAGACAGCUCUGGCCAGGAGGGCAUACGAGGAACUCCUCAAGUCCCGGACUCUUUCCACUGGCCUCAAGACACUCACUCAGAAACAACUAGGUUGGUUGCUCCAUCGAUGGCCAGAAGAGGGAGGUGAGGGAGAGAGGGGGAGAGCUCUGGAGCUACUGAGGGAGGCAUCUCAUGGCAAACCAGACUGCGGGGAGACCUGGUACCUGCUGGGAAGAGUCCUCAUGACUCAGCGAAAGUGCCACGAAGCUUUUGCAGCUUACCAGAAAGCGAUUCAUUACCCCUCCAAGGUCUCCCCUGCCAACACGUGGCAUUCUAUUGGCCACCUCUAUUUCCAGAUGCAGCAGCCGAGAGACUGUCUCCAGGCCUAUCUCUGCUGUGUCUACAUCGACGUGUUCCACCUCCAGGGCUGGAAGAGCCUGGGCUGCCUGUAUGAGGCUGUAGUCUACCCAAGGGAAGCGUUGAUUUGCUAUCAGAAUGCCAUGACAGCCUUUGCCAAGAAGGGUGUUAGAAUGGGGAAGGAUAUGGACUAUGUGCGCAGUCGUAUCGAGUCACUCAACCGCUACCUGAGUGUUGUGGGUGUGGAGCCGUUUACACAAAACUCUGGAAUGCCCCUAUUGCACGAGGCUUGGGCGACACUGGUGCCUGUUCACAUCCGCAAGAAGCAGCCCAAGCCAGAAACCCCCCUCCUGACAUUGAAUCAGCUCAAAAGCCAGUAUCUGGUCAACACCAAUUUAUCGGGGUCUCUUAGCUAUUCUCUUCCGCCACACACGUACCCCUCUCCCUCCCCCACCUCUCUAUUAACCCCUUCAACUCCCGGGUCCGCCAAUACCUCUGGGGUCACGGGGAACGUGAAUUUCCGAACCCCUCCAUCUUCCGACAACGCCAACAAUCGCCUACUACAGAGCGGGGGUUCGAAUCUCGGAGCUCUAGAGAGCAAACAGAAUGGCGGGACAGCAGUGAAUGGUGGAGAUCUGGAUUUUAGUGGGAUAAACCUGGAAAACUUGGAUUUCGAAGCUCUAGCGGCUGCAGCUACUAGCUCACUCCCAUCCCCGGCCUCUCUUUCUGCACGAUCUAGAGUCACUGUCACCUCCACUUGUCGCUCUGAACAAACAUCUACCGCCCACCCUCAGGUUGGGACAUCUCUCUCUCCCUCUCGUCUCAACAGUUGUCCGUCUGCAUCAUCGAACACCUCUUUCUCCUCUCUCCAACCUUCGUUGGGAGCUCAGCCUUGUUCCCUUGCUCUCGCCCCGACUCUCUCUUCUCCCCAUCUUCCUCUGUGUGGCAGUAGCGCGUCUUCAAGUAGUCCUUUCCUUUCGCCGUAUUCUAUCUCCCACACCACUGACACGGCGUGGAGCCAGCAAAAUGCCGCAAACUGGCCCUCUUACCUAAUGAAACAAGAAGACACCAGCACUUUUAAAAGCUCUCUGCCACUUCACACAUUGGCCUCCGUGCCACAGCAUGCUACAGUUCCUCACAGCCUCUCUCAGUCAAAGCUGUCUUCCGCAGCUCAGUCUCAUCACUGGUCGUCUCCAACUGUACCUCCGCCUCCUUAUUCUUCUGUUUCUUCUGCUCUUCCUCCCCCUUAUUCCAGUCCCCCGUCUCCUGCCCCAGCCAGACCACUCCCGCUGACAGGAGAGCGAGAAAAGAGUGCCCCUCGUAAGAGGAGAUCGAAUUCAUCGUCCAAUACAAAGUCUCGAAACCGACGAUCGUCGCAGGCAAACAUCGUUUGCAGUUCUCAACCGACACCUCUGCUGGCAGAGCAACCUUUCCUAGUCGGGUUCAGCGGUAUCAAGAAAGAGAGCAACGUUUGUCUUCCAGCUCCCAUCCCCUCUAAUAUGGCCAGCGAUCCGUCUCUCUUGUCUCGUAUCUGGUCUGUGUCCAAAUCUGCGUUUCCUCCCGCUUCUUUCCAGAGCCCAGAAUUGUUCUCUACUGGCUUAAACCACUCUACGAUCAACCAGAUGAGUGUUGGUGGUUCAACCAAUGGUGGUGGUUUCGACCAAGUUUUGUCGCAACUGUCUUCGCCUCUCAGUGGUCCCUCUUUCGGUGGUGCUGCCGAAGUGAGCCAAACUGUACCACUGUGGACCACUGUGGCAAACACUACCGGGAAUGUGGACCCAUUGUUCGGGCAAAACCAUGCAACGCCACCUUUGUCUAGAACAGACAUUACCAUGGCAUCGAGCAACAAUGCAAUUCACAUCUCAACGGUUGCUGACGACAACGGCUUCUUUGGUAGUGUCCAAACGGAGCCGCUCCCUACCACUGCUCGUCCAAACUCUUCAUGGUUUGGUUUGUUUGGUCAGUACCAAACCACUCCCCAAGCCUCGAACCCCACUGGUACGCCCACUGAGCCAGGUCGAGAACAACAGGUCCUAAAGAAACCAAGAUUGUCUCCCGACAAACGGCAUCGAGAACUAUGUCCUUCCUCCACUUCUCUGUCUUCUGUACUUCAAACUUCUGCUGUGCCCGUGACUCAAUCUGAGCUCGCUCAAAACCUAAUACAUGAUCGUGAAGACCACCGCUUACAUCUGACGGAGUCUACCAGUUCACAAUCAUCCUCUCUCCCUCCCUCUUCUUCCCGUCAACUGGCACCCACCUCCUCUUCACUGGUCAACCAACUCAUUGAAGUUCUACAGACCAGCAAUAGAGGAGGAGGUGAUAUCUCACCGUCAGAAUCUUCCAGUGGGGUUUCUUCUGCCGGGACAACUUUUUUCCCGACGUCCACUGCAGAAUCAUCGCCAGUUGACUCUCACUCUCUUACUACUUUGAGUUCUCCCAUCUCUCUCACCCGAGUUCCCUCCCUUCCUUGCUCUCUUUCCCGGCAUCACCCCACCACCAUUUUACCUCGUCACUCUGACAGUGGCACCACCAAUCGUCCGCAGUCGUCUCCCCGUGGCUCCUCACCCAGGGGGGGUCCCGACCGGAACCCCACCAAUGCCGAGCUAAAAAAUAACAUCCAAAGGGCACUGGAGAGCAAAAGUGCGAGCAACAAUUCCAAGUUGAUUUAUCCGCGGGCCCCAUUCCCAUCCCUGGCCUCUCUCAAGGAGUACAUGGUACUGGAACCGGACCUGAGACCUCCGAAACAACCCCCAUUCCAGUCAGGAAUGGAACUGAGACCAGACUGCCCUGUGUAUGAGGUGACUGGUUGUAAGGAGGCAGAGUGGGACCGUCUCCUAGAAUAUUGCAGUAACCCAGACAUUCCCAUCUGUAUUAUCAGAGGUCUCGUUGAUGCCAUCGGAUUAGAUCUUAACCUGUUUUCCAGCCAGUGUCUGGUGGACACUUGUGCUGACCAUGAAAUGGAAGUUAGAGAACAGAUGAAGCAAGCAGUCAAUGAAAACUGCGACGUUGGUAGCAGGAGACAAAUAUGGAAAUGCGAGAGUUCAAAGAGCGUUACCACGGUAGCCGAGUAUGCCAGAUACCAGCAGAACAUGCUCCAGAAAGAGAGGGAGGGAGGUGAGGCCAGAGGGACUGGAUCUAGUGAUGAGAGAGAGUUUAUCAGUUUUGGGACAAACGUCGAUAUUUCAGACGAGACGAUUUGGUCCCACAGCUCCAGGAGCUGAACAAACUACCUCAGUUCCUCAGAGUAUGCUGCCCCGAGACGAACCUGCUGUCCCAUAUUGGUCACACGGUCCUGGGAAUGAACUCAGUACAACUCUACAUGAAGGUGGCUGGAUCAAGAACACCAGGUCACCAGGAGAACAACAAUUUUUGCUCGUUGAACAUCAACGUCGGUCCAGGGACGUGCGAGUGGUUUGCAGUUCCAAACUCCUACUGGGGAGUCCUGCACAGCCUCUGUGAAAAGUACAAAGUCAACUUCCUAAUAGGGUCGUGGUGGCCGGUGUUGGAGGAGCUACCCCAACACAACAUCCCAGUCUACAGAUUCACGCAGUACAGGGGAGAAGUGGUGUUCAUUAACCCUGGCACCAUUCACUGGGUCCAGGCCAAUGUUAGUGCGACCAUAGAUACUGUAUCGUAGUGCAGCGUAUGAUAGCUUUUGGAAGUGGUUGUAUGGAUCUAGAAAGUAUGUACCUACAUGGGUAGCUUUAGUUCUAUAGCAAAUGUCUGCAAGGAUAGCUUCCUUUCACGUGUGUUCACGUGUGUGUGUGUGUUACAACCUCUCUAUUUAGGGUGUGUGUAACAACAUAGCGUGGAACACGGGCCCACCCACUGCCCACCAGUUCAGGAUGGCCUGGGAGAGAUACCAGUGGAACAAACUGCAGAAGGUUCGUAGCAUCGUUCCAAUGGUCCACCUCACCUGGAACAUGGCCAGACGUAUUAGACUCAACGACUCGCACUUCUACUGGCAAGUCAGGUCUCUACUGGAGAGCUCACUGGCCCAGACGAACCUUCUUGUGUCUCACCUCAAGAAGGCCGGGAUACCAAUUCUCUGGCAUGGCAGACUAGCUGGUGAAUCUGCUCCUUACUGCAACGACUGUGCUGAAGAAGUGUUCAAUGUUUUGUUUGUGCUGAGUCACAGAGGAGAGUAUCUCGUCUACUGCCACCGCUGUGCCAGCUCCAUGAGGAAAACCUUCACCGUCCUCCAACAGUAUGACAUUGAAGAGCUAAAGGAUAUUCUUGCAAUGUUCAGCCUUCACCUUCCAGAAACAUAAACUUUCUCCUUCAUUUUAUUUAGAAUGUUCAUCUUUCUUCAACUUACUUCACUUUGACCACCAUUAUUAAUACAACUCUUAUGACAAAGAAAUGAGAGUGAAGCUAACGAAAUUGAACGAAGAGACACUGAAUAUAUAUAAAAUAUUUUGCAUCUAUUAAGUCUUUUGUACUAGGAUAUCAAUCUUUCUCCCUGUCUCUCUACUAU